AUGAAUUUCGUUCCAUCGGUGCCGUGGCUUGCCAUCGCUGCUCUUGCUUCUCCUCUGCUGGCUCUCGUCUAUAAUUGGAGACAAUCCGAGGGACGUCGAACUCCGUCUGGGCCGCCGUCGAGACCUAUCGUGGGCAAUAUCCUCACUAUCCCUCGGAGAGGAGCAUGGAAUCUGUUUGCAAAGCUCCACAAUCAAUUCGGUGACCUGAUUUUCUUCCAUGGACUCGGACGCAGCGUUUUGGUUCUCAACAAACUGAGCGUCAUAAACGAUCUUUUCGACAAGAGAGGCGAUAACUACUCUCACCGUCCUGUUUUGGCUGUACUGGGCGGGCUGAUGGGCCUGGAUCAGAGCAUGACCAUGUUGCCGUACGGCAGGGAGUGGAGAGAGCAGCGGAGACUUGCACAUGUGGGGCUCAAUGCCACCGUGGUGAAGAAGUAUCACACGACACAAGAGGACCUUGCGUCGAUAAUGCUGCUUGACAUGCUCAACACGCCGGAGAAAUUCUUCGAUCAUGUUCGCUUAUACGCUGAAAGAAUCAUUUUAUCCGUGACAUAUGGUCUGCCCAUCGACGUCGCAGAUAAUGAGUAUGUGACACAAGCGGAGGAAACUAUGCACAUCAUUAGCGACGCAAUGGUUCCUGGUGCUUUUCUUUGUGAUUUGUUGCCUUGGAUGAAGUGGCUUCCGUCUUGGGUUCCUUUCCAAAGAGAGGCUGCCCACGGGAGAGCCAUGAUCGAACACCUCGUCACAAAGCCAUUUGAACAUGUGAAGCAAGAUAUGUCUCAAGGAGCAGCAGCACCGUCCUUAACUCAAGAUCUUCUCGCCCUUUCUGAUGACAAUGCACAACUUUUUGAGAGUCGCGUCAAGUGGGCCACAGGCUCUAUGUACGGAGGUGCGUCAACUUAUGCUACUGUAUUGACGUUCAUGAUGGCCAUGGCGCUGAAUCCAGAGAAGCAAAAGCGUGCUCAGGCCGAAGUUGACAACAUCGUGGGCUCUGAUAGGAUGCCUGCGAUCUCGGACAUAGCACAGAUGCCUUAUGUCAACCUUGUGAUAAAGGAGACCUUAAGGUGGCACCCGUCUUUACCCCUAGGUAUUGCUCGCCGCACAGAUCAUGACGAUUUCUAUGAAGGGUAUUUCAUUCCGAAAGGUACUGUCGUACUACCGAAUGUAUGGUCGAUAUCCCAGAAACAGAACGAGAAAUAUGACCCAACGAUGUUCAUCCCAGAGCGUUUCCUCGACCCCUCCGAAGAGAUCACCGAUCCUUUCACGUAUGUGUUCGGAUUCGGUAGAAGAGUCUGUCCGGGGAAGGCUCUUGCAGAGAACUCGCUUUUCGCCGCCAUUGCAGGUAUCCUCUCUGUCUUCGAUAUCUCUGAAGUUGCGCCAGGCGAACUUGUGCCCCAGUUUGGUCCAUCUCUCGUGAGUUACCCAGAGCCGUUCAAAUGUAACAUCAAGCCUCGCUCGCCUGCAAAAGCAUCUCUCAUUGAACGGCGCACGGGUCAGUAA